AUGGCUCGCGCCGUGCAAGGUGCGUCGAUUUCCACGCCGAGUGUGUCCUGGCGACGCAGCCCGGUUCCUCGUCGACGCCGCCCGUUUACGAAUACGUCUUCUUCUCGCUCGCAGGCUGGCUGCACCGCGCGACGAAAGGGCGAUCCCCCGGGUCUGAAGUGGCCGGAUAACUUCCCCGAGGGCCUUUUCGAGUUCAGAGGAGGGUCACACAACGUCGAGGUCGAAACAUUACUCGUGGUGGACCCGGACAUGUUUCACGUCGCGAACAGGCCCGACAUGCCCAGCUCGCUGCCGAGGGAAAACAAGGCGAGCUCACCAAACCGACGAAAAGCGAUUUUCACGUGA